AUAUCCAAUUCCUGCUUUUCACACCUCUCCGUUUCUCUCUCUUGAAAUUGCGUGAGGUUUCCGUGAAUGUGACCCUGCGUUAACUUUCAUAUUUGGAGGGAAAUCUGCUUCCACUUUUGCAGAAUUUGAUGGGAUUGUUCUCCUAUUUUUGACAAUUUCUCUCUAUUUUCUUUGUUUCUGGACAAUUUCUCUCUGUUAUGGAGGGUAAAGUUCCGGAGAUGGAUGAGGCGAAGAAGGCAGCGACACACAUGAUAUCAGCUGCGGCUUUUGUGGAGGGAGGGAUACAGGAGUCUUGUGAUGAUGCUUGUAGCAUAUGCCUCGAGGGGUUUGGUGACAGCGAUCCUAUGACGGUAAUUGUGAAUGUGACAAGUUGCAAGCACGAGUUCCACCUUCAGUGCAUUCUUGAAUGGUGCCAAAGAAGCUCCAAUUGUCCUAUGUGCUGGCAAAGUAUUAGUCUGAAGGAUCCUGCAAAUCAAGAAUUACUUGAGGCUGUCGAACGCGAAAGAAGUUUCAGGCUCACUCCGUCAAGGAAUGCAACAAUAUUUCGUCAUCCUACUCUCGGAGAUUUUGAAUUGCAGCAUUUACCAGCUGGAAUUAAUGAUGCUGAACUUCAGGAGCGGAUUAUCCAACAUUUGGCAGCUGCUGCUGGGAUGGGGAGAACUCACCGAAUUGCUCGGAGGGAGGGCUCAAGGAGUCGUUCAUCUGCUCAUGCCCGUCCGCAAUUUGUUGUAUUCUCAGGUGCUCCUCCUGGAUCUUCCGCUGCUUCUGGUGGAGAAGAAACUGAACAAAUUGCAGCAGUUGAAACUAACCAAACAGUUCCAGUCGCAUCUGCAAAUAACAUGGGAAGCAUUCAAAAUUCAGCUUCAUCAUCCAGAACUGUAGUGGGGCCAACUUCUGGCCGAGGAUCAUCAAAUGAUAAUAGAAGCUAUGCAAGCCAAUCGUCCUUGCCAAAUCAAGACAGAGCCGGACCAUCUGAGUCACAGUCCAUUUCAGAUUCCUGGAAAUCUCGAUUCAGUUCUAUGUCAAUGAAAUACAAGGAGUCCAUUUCAAAGAGUACAAAGGAAUGGAAGGAGAAGCUGUUUUCUCGUAGCUCUUCCAUGGCUGAUAUUGGUUCUGAAGUCAGGAAGGAGGUAAAUGCUGGAAUUGCCACUGUGUCCCGCAUGAUGGACCGUCUUGAAAGUAGAGAUAACAAUAGUCAUGUGCCAGCAACAAACGGUGCAGAAAGUUCUUCGGGCACUGGAUCUAGCAACAUUAGUAGAGAUACUCCCAGUGAUACGUUAUUGAAUGGAAAGGACUCUGCUUCUGUUGCUGCAAGUUCAGUAUCAAGUUAAGUUUAUAAUAUUGCUAGGGGUGUCCAUCCUCAGCAUUUCAUCUUUGAAGGUAUAUGAUCCAAAUAUGACAUGGUGAGGAUGAGAUGUGAAGGCUAGAGUUUCGGUAUAAUCGUUGUUUGAUCCCAACCAGAAAACGAUCGCAGCAUCUUAAAUUUGGGUUACCAUAAUGUGUAUCUGCUUGUAAUAGCAAACAUGAAGCUUGCAGUGUGACUUUCCGAGUUAGAUUUUGGCAGAGAUAGUGUAGUUUGAUGCUUUCUUGAUUCUCCAUUUGAGUUAAUCCAUCAAACUUGCAACA